UUUCAAUUCAACUGUCAAGACUGUCAAAAGAGUUUUCGGCUUUUCGCGUUUCUUCUUCAGCAAAUCUGCAAAAUUACUUGAAUUUACAGCUCGAUAGCGCCGUAUUUCUUUCUAAAAACUUAACCAUUAAAAUUGUAAACGGCUGUAUAUCCUUUAUCAUCAUACAUUUAUAGAUUGCCAGCUAAUCGUCGUUACAGUUCGUAUUCCAGUUCUUUCAAUACCUACAUUUUGCGCGGGAAUCGUCGAGUUCUGGUGGAAUGAAAGUUGGACUUGAGGCCUGUAAAAUCGGCUCAAAAUGACUGAUCAGCUGUGCCAUUUGGUCGUAGAUGGAAAUGAAAUAUUAGAAUUCAAAUUAGUAAGGAGCCCAGAAGAUAUAGAAAAUGAUGAGGUUAGUUUUGGGCCCGAGAUGUGCCACCAGGUGUUCGGGGAGAAUGAAAACAUAUUUGGUUACACAGACCUACACAUACGCCUCUACUAUAGCGCUGCCAGCUUACAAACAUACCUGGGAAUUGAAUAUACAGAUAAGAUUGAACCCAGUAAGUCUGAUGGAAUGAAGGCAGACGAUGUGGAAGGUGCCUUGAAGAAGGUCCUGGCUCCAGGUUAUGUUACUAACCUGGACCGCUUCGUGUCCUUGCUGGAGAAAGACAAAUCAUUUACACCGCACGGUAGACUAUUACAUGCAUUCAGUGUAACUCCACAUGAUGGCGGUGAAAAGCGUACAUUCGAAGUUUACUAUAGUGAGACAUCAACACCUGGGUUUUUGGCCUUCCAUGAGAGAUUGCAAACAUUCUUGCUUUGGUAUGUGGACGCAGCAUCUUUCAUAGAUGUGGAUGACGAUCAAUGGACAUUUUUCACUGUGUUCGAAAAGUACCAGUCGGCCGAGGGCGCGUGGCGGUACGCGGCGGCGGCGUACGCGACGGUGUACCGCUACUACGCCUACCCGCGCCACCUGCGCCCGCGCGUGUCGCAAGUGCUCACGCUGCCGCCCGCGCGCAAGCUCGGGCUCUGCGCCAACCUGCUCCAGGCUAUUUAUUCUCAUUUCGUAAUAAUACCAGAAGUUGUGGACAUAACAGUUGAAGACCCAUCACAAGACUUUCAAAGAAUAAGAGACUAUGUUGAUGCCAAAAAUUGUGAAUCGUUGCCAGCCUUCCAACCUGCUAAAUUAGUUCAAGGGUUCUCAUCGGAAAUGGCAAGCCAAGCAUGUGCCAAGUUCAAAAUUAACAAAAAGCAAGCACGGAGAAUUUACGAGAUUCUGCGACUAAAGAACACAAAUACUUCAGAUAAAACUGCUUACCUAAAUUACAGGCUUGAUGUUAAAAAUAGGCUCAAUGCUCCUUACCAGAAAAAGAAGUUAGAAAUGAAGAAGCUGCAAAAAGUGUUGAAGCCCGAAGAGUUUGCCGCCACCAUCAGCUCCACUGGGCUCGCCGAGACACACGGCCGCCUCGCCUCGCAGUAUCUGGCCCUCGAGGACGACUAUCGCCGCGUCAUCCAUCGCAUGGAACACGACUAGCCCUCAAGGAAAUAACCACUCUGCCACGCGGAGAUAACGCAUACUGUAGCAGAGCACGCGGCACGUUUACUAACCAGUUCGAACCAAUUAAAAUUAAUUACGACGUUGAGCCUCCUUUUACUGUCUCAAAAUUUUUAUGCGACAGCUUGACUGUAUUUUUACAAUUCGAUGUUACUGUGAGAAGGGUUUAGGUUAAAUUAAGAGUGAGACUGCAUCUAUUUUAACUCGCUAUUCAUAUCGUAAGUUUAGUUUUACUGUUAUUAUGAAUACAAUCAGUCACAGAUAGCCGAUUAUAACAUUUGUAUUGUAUCUAUCAUCAUCAUUGAUCUCAGAUUAAACGUUUUAAACAAUAAUAGUGUCGAGAUUUAAAUGCUAAUGAUUUUUAUUUUCUUUCAUAGUACUUAAAAUGGGAAUUGUAACAAAUGUAUUUAAGUUGUAACAGCCAUGCUGAUUUUUAAAUUGUUUAUAUUCAAUUUGGUAGGUUUGCAUAUUUGUCAAUGCAUUUAUGUUGUACAGUCAGAUGCGAAAAGUAGGUGUUGAAUCUUGAUAUACCUACUUGCCUGGCAUCUAAUGCUUGUUUUUUGUAAUUUUGUGGUUUAAUUUUGUCAUAUAAAUGAUGGAAUUUGACGUGACAACUAAAAUAUCAUGAAAACAGGAAGAAACUUUUAAAAUAUAAUUUAGUUACUCUUUUAUGAAUAUUAUGUAAUAAUUUUCA